GAGCGUUUUAUCCCGAGUCAACAAAAGAAGCAUUUCUUACGAGCAGAAGAUGAGGCCGGCAACACAGGCACUGCUUCUUUGCGCUGCCGUGCUCUGGAGGCUGGGGGAAGCGGCUGUCUCUCGACGCGAACUCUGCGCCGGGAGUAAGUGCUAUGCGGUUUUCCAGGAGUCACGCGACUUUCCAGGCGCCCAGAAAAGCUGCGAAGACUUCGGUGGACAUUUACUGACGCUGCAGUCCCUCCGGACGCAGGAGAUCCUGUCCACAUUACUCGACGGGCUCGGCGGCAGAUACUGGAUUGGGCUGCAGCUGCAGGAUGGCCGCUGUCCAGACAGAGCGUCCCAGCUGUUUGGCUACACAUGGGUCGUUGGGGACGGUGCCACCGAUUCUACCAGCUGGAGCCGAUUUAACACCGACUGCUCCCUAGAGUGCGUGUCCGUGUCGGAGGAGGGUAACUCCACGUGGUGGCAGCAGUCGUGCCGUGACAAAUUACAAGGAUAUCUGUGCCAAUAUUCAUUCCAGGAGCCCUGUGCGCGUUUCCCAGUGAAUGAGGACGUAAAUGUGGACUACACCACGGCGACGGGCUUCAGUGCGAACGAUUGGGAGGUGUUUCCGCAGGGAAGCAUCGUUGUUUUGCAACAAACAGACGCCAAACAUUUAACUUCAAAGUACAUUUGUUUUUCCAGCAACUGGGCCCAAGCCCCAUGGAACUGUGGGGUGAUGAAGGGCGGCUGUGAGCACAAGUGUGUCUCUCAAAAUCGCCAACACUCCUGCACCUGCCCGACGGGGCAACCUCUCCACGCCAAUAAAAUCACAUGCGAAGAGGACCCGUGCGCAGGCUGUGCGCACAAGUGUGAAAACGAGGGCGAUACUUACGCAUGCAGGUGCGACCCGGGCUACACACUUGCGGCGGACAGGAAGGGGUGUGUAGAUGUGGACGAGUGUAAAAACGAGAGGAGUUGCUCAGACGAAAAUCGCGAGUGUUUGAACAGUCCCGGUGGGUUUCAGUGCCCCUGCAAAGAGGGGUUUACGGAGGUGGCGGGAGAGUGCGUGAACUCUGAAAUUUGUGAUAAGUGCGAACACAUGCGGUGUAACAUAUCUAACGGGGUGUUUAAGUGUGAAUGUCGGAAGGGAUUCAAAGUGUCAAACAAAGACCCCACCAAGUGUGAGAUGCACUGCACUGAACAGGACUGCCCCGCCAGAUGCAUCCCUAACAGUGAGAGCGGGGGCGAGCCUCAGUGCUACUGCCCCAAUGGUUACAUACAAGACAGGAGAAAUGCAACAUACAUCUGCACUGACAUAGAUGAGUGUGAGAAUGAGAGGCCGUGUGAGCACACCUGUUUGAAUACAUUAGGCAGCUAUGAGUGUUUUUGUGAUGAGGGGUAUGAGUUGCAGGAAGCGUACCGGUGUGUAUCCACUGAAGAAGGAUCAGGCUCCACACCACCUUACCAUGACAGCACACCAGUCGCUGUCCAGCCUACUGCAGUGCCCGCCUAUGUGAAGGCCGGCAGUGUCCUGGGUAUAACAGUAUUUAUGGCACUGAGUGUGGCGCUGCUGUACUUUGUGGUCCGUAACGCGCUCAAGCGUUGUGGCAAACUGGAGCUGGCCUCCCUCAAAGGGCCAGAUGUCGAUAUUUUCUAUUUGCAGCAAGUGACAACAGAAAAGUAUAAGAGGUUCUCCUUUGACAAACAGUGGAAGAAUGACUCACAGAAACUGUAGUUGCAGCACUGAUAAUAUGCUCCUUGUUUUCAUGUUUUUGUAUAGGCCUAAGCAUUUAUUCAUCACCAUUGUCAAAUUUAUCUAUCGGACUCUUUCAGGAUAAUCCACAGGCAGUUCUAAGCUGGCUUCACACAGAAGUCCUGCUUCAUUCAUCUCACUCUUUCUGGCUUUAUGCUCAUGUGGGCAACGGGGUUACUGUAGGCUCUGUAUUUAAUUCAUAAGCCACAAAUGCCUCCUCUUCACGCCUGAACAUGUGCUCCUAUAAAGUAAAAACACAGAUCAGUUCCCAUCAAAAAGAAUAACUUAUUUUGCUGUGAAUCUGGUAAAUCUUUGCUUGAUAAUUAUCACCAGUUAGGGUACAGAGGAGAGAGGUCUGCACACUGUUAAGCUGCCAACAACCAAUUUUAUUCUUUCUUUUGAGAAUACCUUUACCCUACCUUUUCAUUUAGGCCUACAGUGCCCCCAUGCUGGUUAUUGGGCAGUAGUAAAAUACAGGGAAUGAUUGGCUAUGUUAUGAAAUGUUGCUGUAAACCAGAGAGCUACUUGUGGUUAUGGUACUAAAAAGUCCCAGCACUGUUGUCCAUCAUUUACUUAGGUUUCACAAAGUGUAAUUAGUUCCAGCAAUCUAACCAGCACUUUUUCCCUGACUGACAGGCCUCUUGGUAAUGACAGCAUCGGUGUCAUGUUUUGUUGCAUAUUGCUGUUGGCUAAUAAUACUGUAAUCAUGAAGAUAGUGAGCUGCAUUUUAACCCUUUGCGAUACAAAAGGGGUCAAACUGACUUGCCUCACGGUUUGCUUGAUCAUAUUUUCAUAUAAGAAACUGUUAUUAUAUACUUUUUUAUGUACCUUGUAAAACUUGUGAAGUAUGUCAGCUUUGUCUUUACAGUGUUACGCUUUUGAUAACAUAACAGUUUUUGCUUCACUUCCACAAGAUUUCAUCGAAGGGUCCUCAUUUUUUACUGUACAACACAAAUUGUGUACUAGAGUUUGCUGUUUGUUACAUGGGCACACUGGAUCAAGGCGAGUGAUGUUUGCUCAUGAGAUGUAACUAUUUCUUGCACUUUGCAUUUAUGGGAAGGAGUAUUUGGCAUUGUCACUGACCACUGUCCAUUUGUGUUUGAAUGUAUUUAUUGCUAAUAUUUCUGAUACCAACUAAUUCCAUAGCUGACUGUUUAUUCAGGCUUUUUUGAUAACACUGCAACAAAUCUGGGCUGCUUUCUACACAAGUAUAAUUGUGAGUUUCAUUCCAAAAUUAAGAAUCCAUAAUUGAAAAAAAAAGUGGUGCCCCUCCCUUUAACAUAACUGAUAGCAAAACAAAGUUAGUAACCUAAAUCCUUAGUUUGCAAAUUGACAAUACACUGAUGAUAGUGAAUUUUCUUAAAUGUAUCUGUAACAUUUUGGAGUAAAUCGCUUGAGUUAUGUGAGUUAGGGCGUUCACUCUGUGGGACUUACUUGAUGAAAAAGAAGAAAGUAGGAACCUUGUCCCAGUAGAAUAUAUGAUAAAUAAAAAACACUGUAUAGCCCUAUAAGGGGAUAGAAUUCCUAAACAUGCAUUGUAGGGGAAAAAAAGCAUUGUUUUGAUUUCCUAAGUUAACAAUAUAUGGAAGCUGUAAAAUGUAUCCCACACAGUGUAUACAGCUGGGGUCUCAUACACUAUCCUUAUGGGAACGUCUGAUUAGCUAAUAUGCAUUUGAGCAUUGCAAUGUAAUUUUACGCUUCCAUAUAAUAAUUUUAUAUUUGUUUUUGCCUAUUUUUUGGGGCCCCUGUCAGGCAAGGGCCCUUGGAAUUGUCCUAAAUUUUCCCCCAUGUAUGGCGCCCCUGACACUGCUACAAACCACAUUAAGGUUGACUAACCUGAAUGCUGCUGACUAUGCUGUAUAACAGAUAUGUGUUGGAGCUACAGUCCACAGAUGCUGUGCUGCAGGCUUUAACACAACAACAACACCACAACCAUGAAUGUCAACUGUGCUGCUGUAUUAAAUGUAAGCUAAUAAUGAAAAUAUGUUUGCACCUUAUUCAGAUCUGUGCAUUUGUGUCUGUAAGAUUGGCUAUUGCAGACUCUCUUACUGCCAUGUUUUGUUGUUCUCAUGGAAAACAAAUAUG